UUUAUCAUCAUCGACCCUCCCCCGGGAAAGAGUAGGUAGGUUAGAGCGAAGAAGCCACCGCACCGCGUAGCAGAAGAGAAUGGGAUCGGGAUCUUUCCUCAAGGUAGUCGCAAAAAACUUCGAUGUUCUUGCUGGGCCAGUGGUUACUCUUGUGUAUCCAUUGUAUGCAUCCAUCAAAGCAAUAGAAACCAAAUCAUCUACUGAUGACCAACAGUGGCUCACUUAUUGGGUGUUGUACUCAUUCAUUACACUGUUUGAACUUACUUUUGCAAGGGUUAUAGAAUGGUUCCCCAUUUGGUCGUAUGCAAAACUGUUCUUUAGCUGCUGGUUGGUCUUGCCCUACUUUAAUGGUGCUGCAUAUGUUUAUCAACAUUUUGUGAGGCCAUUAUUAGUCAAUCGGCAGACAGUAAACAUCUGGUAUAUACCAAGAAAGGAGGACAUAAUUCGUAAACCAGAAGAUAUAUUAUCAGCAGCAAAGAAAUAUAUUGAAGAGAAUGGACCAAAAGCAUUUGAGACUCUAAUCAGCAAGUACCAAAGGGAGCCUAAAACUCGUCGGACAAUUUUAGAGGAGGUGCACGCUCAGCAACAAUCUUAUGCAGAAAAAGAGUAUAAUCCAUGGGGAGAGGACUCGACAAUAUUUGAUGAUGGUCAUAGAUACUGAAACAAAAUCAUCUCAUCUCGUGAAGUUUCUUUACAUGUUCUGGGGACAAGGCCACUGGAUUAAACUUGAAUUGCAGAGCAGUUAUCAGGCUUUAGUGCAGAGAUCCUCUUUGUAGCAUUCUCCAGUUCAAAUCACCUUUUUUUCCACCCUUUGUGGCUGUCAAAGUUUCUUAUUGUUGUAUACUGUACCUCUUGGUAAAUGCUUGCUGUUAUUUGAAUUUUAAUGCGGAUCGCUGCUUUUGCAGUUCUAUUAUGAAACUAAUUCCUAUAUUA